CGCGCAUUCGCAGAGAAGGUGCAUUGCAGUCCGCGGUAGCCAUGGACGAGGAUUCAAAUUACGAAAUUGCCCGAGCUGCCGAGUUCAUUCACAGUAGGAACUUUACCAGAGUUGCUUUGCAGUUCCCAGACGACUUAUUGAAGGAUUCCACUAGAGUGGUGAGAGCUUUGCGGAACAAGCUUCAGUUGCUAAGGGAGUCAUCAGAUGCUGAUAACAAAGAAGUUGGAUUGUUUGUCAUGGCAGACACGACUUAUGGAAAUUGUUGUGUUGACGAGGUUGGAGCAUCCCACAUUGAUGCUGAUUGUGUGGUGCAUUAUGGACAUACUUGUCUCAGCCCGACAUCAACCCUUCCAGCAUUCAUUGUUUUCGGAAAGGCUUCUAUCAGUGUAUCCAGUUGCAUUGAAAAAUUAUCAAGUUAUGCUUUGGCCAAUUGCAAGCCUGUUAUGGUCCUUUAUGGGCUUGAAUAUGCACAUGCAGUCCCAUGUAUUAGGGAAGCACUGGGAGAAGCAGCAAGGUUAUCUGAGUCCAUAUCUAAAUUACAUAUCGAUUUUGCUGAUGUUGCGUGUUCUGUCAUAGAUCCAUCAGCAGAUUGUAAACGUUCUGAUGAGCUCCUUAGACCAGUCACUGGCUAUUCGAGUGUUGGUUCUGGUGCAGAACCGGGCACUAGGCACAGCAUUGGGGGCUUGAUUUGGGAUUUACCCAAAGGACACAAAAUGGAGGAUCACUUGCUUUUUUGGGUUGGUUCUGAGAAUUCCGCAUUUGCAAAUGCUGUACUGACAUUCAAUGGCUGUGAAAUAGUUAGAUAUGACGUGACAUCAGAUUGCUUGGUGGCAGACUUUUCUCAACAGAGAAGAAUUCUUAAGCGUAGAUAUUACCUUGUUGAAAAGGCAAAGGAUGCCAACAUUAUUGGGAUUUUAGUGGGUACUCUUGGUGUAGCUGGUUACCUUGAUAUGAUUCAUCAGAUGAAAGAGCUUAUCACUAGAGCUGGGAAAAAGGCCUACACCCUUGUCAUGGGAAGACCAAAUCCUGCAAAACUUGCCAAUUUUCCUGAGUGUGAUGUUUUCAUCUACGUGUCAUGUGCUCAAACUGCUCUUCUGGAUAGCAAGGAGUUCUAUGCUCCUAUUAUUACUCCAUUUGAAGCUAUGUUGGCGUUUAGCAGGGGAUGCCAAUGGACAGGAGCAUAUCUGAUGGAAUUCCGAGAUUUGAUUAAUUCUUCUCCUGUUGAAGCGAGAAAUGAGUCACAAGAAGCACGGUUUUCUUUUCUUCAUGGUGGAUACAUGGAAGAUUUUGAUGUUCAAGAGAAUGGCAAGGACGAGAAUGAAGUUCUUGCUUUAGCCAAUGCAACAGAGAAAACUCUGCAAUUGCAUGAAGGAAAUUCUAAGUCUGUCUCCAAGGGAGUAAUAAAAUCUGGAGCUGACUAUUUUGCAUCGCGAUCUUAUCAUGGUCUUGAAAUGCAUGGCAAUAAUAGUUCCAUUCCCGAGCCAUAUCUAAUUGGUAGGAGUGGGAAGGCGUCGGGAUAUGAGGAUGAGAAAAGCGGGCAGGAUGGCUUGUGAUAAACUCAUUGAAACUUCAAGCCAUUGGUGUUUUUUGGAUGAGCAGUUACUGGGCUGACCAUCGGUCAGGUUUUUUUAAAGAAUUCAGAAGGAUAGAUGCUGUUUUAUACAUAGGGUUUCUGGUGUUGCAGGAACCUGUGGUUGGCAUAUUUCUCCAACUACUGUCUCACGGAGAUAGGAGCUAGGUAAUGGAUAUUUCCCAUAUUUUGCAGAGGUUCAUUGUGUUUGGGUUAUUUAGUAUUAUUUUUUGGCUUGAUUAUUAUGGUUCAAGUUUGUUAUGUUUAUCUUGAUUUCACCACAGUAAAGUGGUUGUAAUAGUUGCUGAGACUGGUUGUCUAAAUUGCCUAGAACUGUUGCAUUUGAGUGCAAGAUACCCUCCACAUUUUCCCUUCACGGCAA